AUGAGAAAGGGCACAGAACCUGUUGAAGGCAUUGUUAGCAACUUAAUUGCGCUUCUGGUGAAAAGAAUGUGUAGUGACUUACAAGGACCUGAAUCAAAUCUCUUUGACACUGAUGCUCAGUUCUAUGUCCAGCAUUUGAUUCGUAAGCUUGGAAGUGACUCCUAUAUUGGUCAGCGUGUUAUCCUUUCGGUUUCUCAAAGAAUUUCUGUACUGGCAGAAAGUUUGCUUGCCAUGGAUCCAUUCGAUGAAGCUUUUCCGAAUAUACAUAGCUGUAUGUACGUGAUGAUUCAGCUUAUCGAGUUUUUGGUAUCAGACUACUAUCGGACAUGGUCAAGAGACGAAUGUUUCGACACAAGGCUGUUUGAAGAGUGGGUGACAUCGGUUCUUCAUGCACGGAAAGCAUUGGAACAUUUAGAGAGCAGGAAUGGGCUUUAUAUUCUAUAUAUUGAUCGAGUGAUUGGGGAAGUUGCUAAGCUUGGGGGCCAGGCCCCUUCAUUGCAGAAGCUCAAGUCGGACAUAUUUGAUAAGCUGUUCUGCGGAUAGACAUGCCUGUAACUUUUUCCUCUCUAAUAUUCAAGCUACUCUGUUAGAAAUUUUAAAAGUUUAUACAGUAACCAAAUCAGAAGAAUAGGUUGAAUGAAUCUGAUUAACCCAGAUAUAAUGGGAUGUAUCACCACUCUCUCUCUCUCCCCCCUCCCCACGCACCCACAACACACAACUUGAGUCGGUCAAAGUGGUGUGUAUUUUGUUGUGAUUUACCUGGAUUUUUCCUCAGUCAAAGUGGGGGCAAAAACACGAGAAAUGGUGACCUCACAUAAGGAUUUUUUCCCUACUUGGGUGGCUUGACUUUGUUCAUUGUUUGGUGGUAUGCGGUCCUAAUGU